AUGCUUCCGGUUCAGCAGCCCAAGCCGAGCAACCAGGGUGAUGUUGCGCUGUUUGGAAUCAUGCGACUCCGGCAGCUAUGCGAAGAAGAUGCACUGCAGGCACUACAGAGUUGGCAAUCCUGCAACACUGAUGUCCUGUCUGUCUCCGAACUUCACGCAGUUCAACUGCGUCUCAGCGCUGCCAUGCAUGCCAGAGUGCCACUUUGGCAUGUGAUCGUGGAGUCCCUUGGAGAUUCGACGAACCGCAGUGGACGGCGAAAGUCGCAAGCUGUGAGCACAUACUUCAUGCAGAAUCUGGAUGAACUUCGAGAACUUGCAAGGCAGUGCCUCGUAGAUUUUCUCGACGAGGACAAGCCAGACGAGCUUGAAGAAGCAAUCCGCAACCCGCAGUUUCAAGACUGGGCUUAUCAAUGGUACCUGCAGUCAGAGGAUUUGUCUGACAUAAGGUCAGUCCGCUACAUUUGCAGGCUGCCAGGCUGCAAUGUUCUGCUGCAUUGUAUUCGCAAUGACUUCAGCGAAUGUUGCCAACUAUUGCUGUCAAAGUUCAGUGACCGGACAGCAGCAAAGAAAUGGCUGAUCUUGGCAGAGCCUCUGCGAGUUUUCAACAAGUUCGAAGCGAACUGCUUCCACGAAGCCGCCUACUGCGGAUCCCCGGGAUGUCUUGAAGCCUUGAUUGCCUUUGCGACGGAGCAGGGUAUUUCUUGGAAGGAUCUCACCGACAAGAAUGGCAAAACUCCGCUGGACAUCGCCAAGAGCCAGGUCGAGAAGAAACAAGAAGCUGCUGUGCCAACACUUCGCAUCCUGGAACGGGAGUACGGCAUAGACUCCUCAGAUGUGCAGCUAGAUGGUGACUUUGCACAGGAAGGCGUAUUGAUUGUAAGCUUAAGGGCCCAUGAAACUGAUGGCAAGGAGAUUGCGCGGAAAAAGUACAAAGUGCCAUCUGCAACUACAUCGUGGAGUGACCUCGUAGCGCUGUCGCACCAAGCACUGCAAGAGCUGAAAGAGCUCAGAAGUUGUGCUGAGGAGAAAGUGCUACUGUUGCUUUGGAAGACGUCUGUGGAGGGCAAUGACACAGCGGCGAUGAAGUCUUUUUUCGAGAUGUGGCUGCAUGCGAGCAGCUUGAGUUUCUUCAAAUGCAAGCUUGCACAUCCAGCAGCUGCCACAAGUUUGGUCAACGUGGUUGCAGCACUCUUGGACAGGGAUGAGGUGCGACCGCAGUGGGAGAUGCUUCACAUUUUCCAGUGCCUGUCUGCAGGUGCAGAAGAAGCAAGCAAUAGCUGCGAGUGCGAGGCAGUUCAGGCCAAGCGGGAGCUUGCACAAAGGGUGAAGAACCUUUGCGAGGUGAUAGUCAGAAGACCGUCACGUCCACUUUGGCGGCUUGACCCUCUGCCGCCUUGGAUUUUGACAAAUGAAGACAGGCACGUCCCUGCUUUGUUGAAGGCAUCCCUGGAUGUGAAGGGAUGCGUUCGGCUCCUUCGUGGCGGCAUCCUUCCAUACCGCUUCUUCUGGACCCGCUUGACGUGGGUGGAGCGCCGCAUGAGUCGCAUGCAGAUGCUAAACAAUGUUGAAAUGGAAGCCCGAGAUGCUUUGGAUCCCUGCUCUUGUUCGUGCAUAGUUGGCUGUGCAAAGCUGUGGCUGGCAGCCCUCUAUCCCAAGGGGCCCACUGAUGCCGAGUACUGGGUGAGAGAAGGCGGCCUCAGCGAUGCUGAACUGAAAGAGCUGCUCUUUCAGCUUGAGAGUGCCUUGUGUGGCGCCCUCACCAUGUCCGCACUUUUGCCUGGACUCCUUCAGGAGUUGCGCAAAUCUUUACAAGAGACAGCGCCGGAUGGCGGCUUCCUCAAGGUUUCAGAAGUCUUGCGGCAUGCAGACUCUGAGGUAGCUGCAGCCGCUCUUCAGGCCAUCGAGCCGGUUGCAGUAUCAUCUCAGAGGGGCAUUGAGAAGGAUCCGGCCGAAGCCUCCAAGGGCAAGGGUGAAGCCUUCAAGGGCAAGGGCAGGGAGAAGGGCAAGGGCAAAGAGGAGAGCAAGGGCAAGGGCAAGAGAAGAUCGUGA